UUUUACUUUACCCUCGAUUCAGCCGCCCCCAAAGCCCAGCUGCUCGGGGGGAGCGGAGCCGGCACAGGCACCGCGCACACGCCAGCCCUGCUCGCCAAAGCGCAGCGGAGCCGACCUAUCGCAAAGCCAGAGCAGAGGGCGAGGAGCGAGGGGGGGCUUUGCAGGCCCCCUCUUCAAUGGCUUAGAUAUUUCCUCCUCCUCCUCCUCCUCCUUUAUUCCGCACUCGGAUAAACCAAUCCCCACCUCUCGGCCAGAAAGUGCGGAGCUGUGACCCGUUGGAGGAGAGGAGAAUCCCCGGAGCCCAAAAGGCGCCCGGGACAUGUGCGAGUGGCAGCGGUGACCGCUCGGCUCUGCCCCGGACCCAAACUCGCCCGGCAUCGCCCCGGGGCCGGCAAGCGGCAGAGCGCGGAGGAACGAGCGGAGGCGAGCGCCGGGAGGACGGAUCGCCAAAGUGGAAGCCGGGGAGCAGAAAGUUGCCGGGCUGCCCGCAGUAAGUUGGGCGCAUCAGCGGAGCGGGGGCGCUUUCCCCCGGGCCGGCAGCCGCGGAGGGCGGCACUGCGCUCCCCGCUCCGCCCGGGCGAUGCUGCCCCGCUCCUCCAGCCCCGCGGCCCCGCCGCGCUCCGGGCCGAUGCUGCCGAUGCUGCCGCUGCUGCCGGGGAGGCCAGGGCCCGGCCGGCCGCUGCUCUGAGCCCCGGUCCCCCCGGUCCCCCCGGUCCCCCCGGUCCCCCCGGUCCCCUCCCGCCGCGCUCCGGCCGCUCUCCAGCCGCCACGAUGGGCCCGGCGGCCGCCCGGCGCUCCGCGCUGCUGCUCUGCUGGCUCAGCGGCUGCUGCGCGGCCAUCAGCUCCAUGGACAUCGACCGGCCCGGCGACGGGAGGUGCCAGCCCAUCGAGAUCCCCAUGUGCAAGGAUAUUGGCUACAACAUGACGAGGAUGCCCAACCUGAUGGGGCACGAAAACCAAAGGGAAGCUGCCAUUCAGCUGCACGAGUUUGCCCCCUUGGUGGAGUACGGGUGCCACAGCCAUCUGAAAUUUUUCCUGUGCUCCCUCUACGCCCCGAUGUGCACGGAGCAGGUCUCUACCCCGAUCCCAGCCUGCAGGGUGAUGUGCGAGCAGGCGAGGCUCAAGUGCUCCCCUAUUAUGGAGCAGUUUAAUUUCAAGUGGCCGGACUCGCUGGACUGCAGCAAGCUGCCCAACAAGAACGACCCCAACUACCUGUGCAUGGAAGCSCCCAACAACGGCUCGGAUGAGCCGCCCAGGGGAUCCAGCAUGCUGCCCCCCAUGUUCCGCCCGCAGCGGCCCAGCGGCGGCCACGAUCUGCAGCAGCACAAGGACAGCCUGGGCAGAGCGUCCUGCGAAAACCCCGGCAAGUUCCACCAUGUGGAAAAGAGCGCUUCCUGCGCGCCGCUCUGCACGCCRGGGGUUGAUGUUUACUGGAGCAGGGACGACAAGCAGUUUGCUGUCAUUUGGAUUGCCAUCUGGUCCAUCCUGUGCUUCUUCUCCAGCGCUUUCACCGUGCUCACUUUUCUCAUCGAUCCGCAGCGUUUCAAGUACCCCGAGAGGCCCAUUAUCUUCCUGUCCAUGUGCUACUGUGUCUACUCGGUGGGGUACAUCAUCCGCCUCUUCUCGGGGGCUGAGAGCAUCGCGUGUGACAGGGACAGCGGCCAGCUCUAUGUCAUCCAGGAGGGCCUGGAGAGCACSGGCUGCACCAUCGUGUUCCUGGUGCUGUAUUAUUUCGGCAUGGCGAGCUCCCUGUGGUGGGUGAUCCUGACUCUCACCUGGUUUCUGGCGGCUGGGAAGAAGUGGGGGCACGAAGCCAUCGAGGCCAACAGCAGCUAUUUUCACCUGGCAGCGUGGGCCAUCCCCGCAGUGAAGACCAUCAUGAUUUUGGUGAUGAGAAGGGUGGCUGGAGACGAGCUGACAGGGCUGUGCUAUGUGGGCAGCAUGGAUGUGAACGCCCUGACGGGCUUUGUGCUCAUUCCUUUGGCUUGUUAUCUAAUCAUUGGCACUUCUUUUAUUCUUUCUGGCUUUGUGGCCCUUUUUCAUAUCAGGAGGGUGAUGAAAACGGGUGGAGAAAACACYGACAAGUUGGAGAAACUUAUGGUCAGGAUUGGUGUCUUCUCAGUCUUGUAUACAGUGCCUGCAACUUGUGUGAUAGCUUGCUAUUUUUAUGAGAGACUGAACAUGGAUUAUUGGAAAAUCGUGGCAACUCAACAGAAAUGCAAGAUGAACAAUCAGACUAAAAAUUUAGACUGCAUGAUGAAUAACUCYAUCCCAGCAGUAGAAAUUUUUAUGGUCAAAAUUUUUAUGUUAUUAGUUGUGGGCAUUACUAGUGGCAUGUGGAUCUGGACUUCCAAGACUCUYCAAUCGUGGCAAAAUGUUUGUAGUCGGAGAUUAAAGAAGAGAAGYAGGAGAAAACCUGCAAGUGUUAUUACGAGUAGUGGAAUCUAUAAAAAACCUCAGCAUCCACAGAAAACUCACCUUGCAAAGUAUGAAUCAACAUUACAGCCGCCCACUUGUGUGUGACCAGGUGUUAGAAAAGACCCUCUCUCACCUUACAGACUUACAAAUGUCCACAGCAGCAGUCUGAAAUUUAAAAAAAAAAAAAAUGGUGCUCUUUUUUUUUUUUUUUUUGUCAGAACAGUUUAAUAUCUCAAGACACAAAAAUGUAUCAUGCUGAAUUCAGGACCUGGUGAAAAAACUGAAGGUAAAUGUACUCAUGGAAAGGUUUUCAGUGAAAGAAAUAUUGUGAAUGACAACAGGUCUGUUCUGUUACUAAUCUGUAGUUUAGUACAUUACAUCCAGCCCUCAGAUUAAAAAAAAAACCAACCAUAAAAACAGACUCAAACUCAGCAACAACCACCUAUUUAACUUUUUCGUGUAGCUGGGCUGGAUUUUCUUCAGCUUUCUGAGUAACAAGGUAUAGGCAAGUUUUAUGGAGCARUGGUUUGAUUUGAAAAGUGCCCGAGUGAGCUUUGUCUCUUGAGGGACUGGGGAGGCCCAUCCUGAGCAGGGAUUGAUCUGGGAAAGCAUCUCCGUGCUAACUUUAAAAUCCUUUACAGCUCCUCUCAGCCCUGUGCGUUUGGAGUGCCUAAAAAUAGGCUUAAUCUAUAAUGCUCACCAAUAUUCUUUCACCAAAAGAGAAACUUCCUGCACCAGACACAAACUUUGUGAAUAAGAAUAAUGUGCAAUACAUUUUUUUUUYCUUACCAUGACAUGAAAAGAGAAACAAGUAUUUUGCUGUACAUAAAGACAACAAAAGAAAUCUCUUAACAAAAGAACUAAGAGGUCUAGUCCUCAGAAACCCUUUAGUGUUACAUUUUGUGGCUUUUUAAUGGAAAUCAAGCCAAUGUUAUACACGUUUGGACUGAUUUGUGCGGAAAAAAAAGGGGGGGAUCAAUUCAAAGGGACCCAAAGGGCUUAUUGACUCUUUCUAUUGUUAAACAAAUUCUCACUAUGAAUAGAUCAAGAAGCACUAGAUUCUGCAAAGGGAAGCUUUGUAUAGAGUGAUGCUCUUUACUGUGCUGGGGGUGCACAGUUUUGUGCUGUAUAUAUUUGUAAUAUACAAUUAUUUUUCAUGCUCCACUAUUUUAUUAAAAAAUAAAAUAUGUUCUUUAGUUUGAUAAUUUUGUGUGUUCUAAACUUUCUCUGAUGUGCUUUGCGGUUAAUAAACUUGUUUUCUGGRAUAUUUUUUAAAAGCACACUUUGGAUAUAAUAGUUGUCGUUAUACUUGCCUGCAAGUAUAAACAGAGAGAACAGUAAUUUGCUUGAAAGAAAUUGCAAGUUGGAAUGAAAUAAAUGGAUUUUGAAGUUGCAUCUUUCGGUGAGCUUUGCAACUGAGAAAGCAGAACGGGAAGAAGCUUUAGUGAUGUAAAA